AUGGAAAACCCCAGAGACCUGGUGGAGCGUCUGUCCAGGAAGCGCCACGACUCCUUUGGGAUGCUGGACGGUUUGGAGGAGGACCGGAGCAGCUGCAGCACGGAGUCCAGCGGGGGGAGCGCAGCUUCUAGCCCUGAGGACAGUGACGAGGAGGAGCUGGGUGGAGGAGGGGGAGAAGGAGGGGUGACUCAACUCACUGCGUCCUCUUCCUCCUCCUCCCUGACACUCAUCAAGACCAACGGACAGGUGUACACCUACCCUGACGGAAAGGCAGGCAUGGCCACCUGUGAGAUGUGUGGUAUGGUGGGCGUCAGAGAUGCUUUCUACAGUAAAACCAAACGUUUCUGCAGCGUGUCCUGCUCCAGAAGUUACUCCUCCAACUCAAAGAAGGCCAGCAUUCUCGCCAGACUGCAGGGGAAGCCUCCCACGAAGAAGGCCAAGGUUCUGCAGAAACAGCCUCUUAUGACCAAACUAGCUGCCUACGCUCAGCACCAAGCCAACCAACAGAGUGGUGUCAAGAAGAGCGUAACUGUGGAGGUGUUUGACUGGGGUCGUUACCUAGGAGAUGGAGACGUGACGGGAGCACCGGUCAGCUGCUUCAAACAUGUCCCAAUGGGGAAGUCGUGGGGUGACAUCAGUGAAGGCGUCCGGGUCGAAGUCCCAAACACUGACAGCGGUUUGCCCAUGAAGGUUUACUGGAUCGCUGGCAUCAUCAAACUGGCUGGUUUUAAGGCCCUGAUGAGGUACGAGGGUUUCGACGGCGACUCCACCAGGGAUUUCUGGUUGAACUUGUGUGUGCCUGACAUUCACCCAGUCGGCUGGUGUGCUGCUGGAGGAAAACCUCUGGUCCCCCCUAAGAGCAUUCUGCACAGGUUCACUAACUGGAAGACGUUUCUCAUCAAAAGACUGACGGGAUCCAAAACGCUGCCCCCAGACUUCCCCUCCAAGGUCCAGGAGAGUAUGCAGGUUCCCUUUAAGAAGCAGAUGAGGGUGGAGGUGGUGGAUAAAACUCACCUGUGUCGGACUCGGGUGGCUCUGGUUGAACAGGUGAUCGGCGGUCGUCUUCGUCUGGUAUAUGAGGAGUGUGAUGACGGUUCGGACGACUUCUGGUGUCACAUGUACAGUCCUCUGAUCCACAGCAUCGGCUGGUCUCGAUCCAUAGGACACCGUUUCAAACGAUCCGAUGUGUCGAAGAAGCUCAGCAUUCAGAUGGAUGCUCCUGGACAGCUGUUUGCCAAGGUGAAGGAGGUGGAUCAGAGUGGUGCCUGGUUUGAAGAUGGGAUGAAGCUGGAAGCAAUCGACCCUCUGAAUCUGUCUGCCAUCUGCGUGGCCACAGUCAGGAAGGUCCUCGCAGACGGGUAUCUGAUGAUCGGUAUUGACGGUUCAGAGGCGGCUGAUGGUUCAGACUGGUUCUGUUAUCACUCCACCUCUCCCUCCAUCUUUCCCGCUGGUUUCUGUGAGAUCAACAACAUUGAGCUGACGCCCCCCAGAGGUUACACCAAUCUUCCCUUCAGAUGGUUCGAGUAUCUGAAGGAGACCAAGUCUGUUGCAGCUCCUGUUGGCCUCUUCAACAAGGACGUCCCUAAUCACGGUUUCCGGCCCGGCAUGAAGCUGGAGGCUGUGGACCUCAUGGAGCCAAGGCUGGUCUGCGUUGCCACUGUGACCCGCAUUGUCCACCGGUUGCUACGUAUACACUUUGAUGGCUGGGAGGACGAGUACGAUCAGUGGGUGGACUGUGAGUCACCUGACCUGUACCCAGUUGGCUGGUGUCAGCUGACCGGGUACCAGUUGCAGCCUCCUGCUGUUAAUGCAGGCUCCAGAGAACUACAGUCAGCAGCUUCCAAACAGAGGAAGAAGUCUCAGCAGUACAAAGGACAAAAGAAAAAGAGGAAGCUGCCUAUUGCUAAGCGACCUGUCAGUCUCUCCGGCGGCAUGGUAACGGGCAUCCCCAGGAGCCUAUCAGGAGACGAGAAUGAGACGCCACCCAAUUACCCAUCACCCCCUACGCCUGCCUCAGCGGCCCAGCCCCCCUCUGCCGACCCAGAGAGCAGCCCGAACACUGAGGGGGGGGCAGGUUCACAGAUUAAAGAAGAGAACGUAGAAGGAACUGAAUUAUCUUCUGAAAGGACUGAAACAGAAACAAACGGAUCUUCUGGAGAAUUCACCAACCAGGACCAGUAGGCCUAAUCCAUCCCUCUCUGCCUCUAUCUCUCCCUCCAUCUGUCUCUAUAUUUAUGAGUUUCAAAACUCAUCAAACGCAUCUACUGUGAUAAAUCAGAUUUUUUUGAAAUCUGUUUGGACAAACUUUAGACAUGCUACAUGUUGUUAGCUAAAUGAUGCACUUCACUUAGGUCAGCUUGGCUCACUUCUCCAAGCCCUCUCGUUUUUUGUUGUUACAGUACUGGUGUUGAGUCAUAGAGCUCCUGUUGCCCAAAGGCGGCAACAGACGGUUUCACAGCUCAGCAUCACGCAGUUUUUUUGCUUAAGUUGAAACAUUUCAACGUCUUUCAUUUGCAUUUGGUCUGAACGCACCUUUUGACUCCUCACUGAGAAAUGAGGGUGAAGAAAACCAGAAUACAAAAACAAAUACAGGUUAAAACAAAGGAGGACAGGCACGUCCAAGACAGUAGCAUUACUCACAUUUUGUUCCUCUUAGAAAAAAAAAAAACAGUCAACAUGGGGGGAAAAAAAGACAACACGAUAAGAAAACUUUUGUAUUAUGAUUUUUCAACAGGAACAUCUUUGUUGUUUGUAGGUGUUCAUGUGGUGUGUUCGAGGGUCAGAACUCGACGUUAAUAUUAAUACAAGAUGCUGUGUAAUGUCAUGUUGAGAUUAGCAGUCAUUUAAAAACUUUGUACGUGUGUGUGUGUGUGUGUGAUUGCUGUGGUUUAGAUUCUGGAUUGACGAGUUGUCAGGAUGCCACAAGACAAGAAACCAGCCAACAAGAGCCACGGCAGUUACUGGUUUUGUUUUUUUAAACCAAUGCUGAAAGUCUGUGACAAAGUCGUGUUGAGGAGGCCACAUAAUCUUGUAGCUGUAUAGCUGCAGUAUGUUGUAUAUUGUUGUGUGUGCAGUAUCAGUUUGGAGGAAAGUUUAAAAGCAGUCAAAAGUGAGUGUAGUUUGGCUUAAGGUGUUUUACCAAAAUUCUUUUUUACAUAGACAUCCUCCAUGUCAGGAGAGAUACACUUUGUUCCAAACACCAGUUCAGUCAUAGCUACAGGGCUCUGUCACAGUAGUUGCAAUAAAUGCACGGUCAAAUGAUUGCAAUAAGAGAUUAACGUCGGUCGAGUACUUCAAACUUUUCAAUACUGGGGCCAGUUCAAUAUUUGAGUUUCAGGACCAGUGCCUUAUUAAAUAAUACCAUUUUUUGCCUUUUUUCACCACAUUUUCAGAAGAUUUUAGCUCUUCAUUUUCUGCUCGUAUUGCUUAUAAUGGCAAUACCACAUGUGAAAGAAAUGACCGAUCAGAGCCAGAGUCUCUAAUGCAGCUGUCAGUGAUGACAGUCACUGCUUGUAAACUAUGGUCAAACUAGGUAGCGCUGAUCAAAUAUGAAUGAAAUUUUUUUUAUUGCAUUGCCUAUUUCUGGCCUUAAACAUAUUUAGAAACUUUGGGCGUCGGUGGCUUAGUGGUAGAGCAGGC